GAUCCCAUCUGACUCUUGAUCAGUUAUGCAUGCUGAGAUGCGUGUUGGAAGUGUACCGUCUUGCCUUUCCAGGAUGCAUUUUGCAGGUAGCUGAGUGUCACUGUCACUACAACAAAGCUUCUUAAUACAUCUGUAUGCCAUGCUUCAGGCACCAAAACAGCAGAAUGGAAUGAUUCUGUGUGUGAAGAGUACUACACAAAACAGAAGUGUCUACAUGGAAAACGUGGGAAACAUCACACAAAAUUCUGAAGCAGACGAAACUAGAGACAAAGAGAUUAGUGUACGUGUGCUGACAGGCUGCCUGCUUCUACUCCUUAUUCUGUCAACACUUUUGGGAAAUACUUUAGUUUGUGUAGCUGUUAUCAAGUUCAGACAUUUACGCACUAAAGUUACCAAUUUUUUUGUAAUUUCUUUAGCCGUCUCAGAUCUAUGCGUGGCUGUGCUAGUCAUGCCAUGGAAAGCUAUCACUGAAGUGGCUGGCUACUGGCUAUUUGGACAUUUUUGUGACACCUGGAUUGCUUUUGAUAUAAUGUGUUCUACUGCCUCAAUCUUAAAUUUGUGCAUCAUCAGUCUGGACCGCUACUGGGCUAUUGCCAGUCCCUUUAGAUAUGAGCGUAAAAUGACUCAGAGAGCAGCUUUUAUCAUGAUUGGAGUGGCGUGGAUGCUUUCUGUUCUUAUUUCUUUUAUACCAGUCCAGCUGAAAUGGCAUAAAGCCCAGGAAGUUGACAUGGUAACCACUGUCAGCUCUGACAGUGGACAUUGUGAUUCCAGCUUAAACAGGACUUAUGCCAUUGCAUCUUCUCUUAUUAGCUUUUACAUACCUGUUGCCAUUAUGUUAGGUACGUACACUAGGAUUUAUCAAAUCGCACAGACGCAGAUACGGAGGAUCUCAUCUCUGGAACGUGCUGUGGAGCAUGCCCAGAGCUGCCAUCACCACCCAAAUGAGUGCCCUCAUGAGAACUCUCUGAAGAACUCCUUCAAGAAGGAAACUAAGGUUUUGAAAACACUGUCUAUUAUAAUGGGAGUAUUUGUGUUUUGCUGGUUGCCAUUCUUUAUUUUAAAUUGCAUGAUACCAUUUUGUGACAUGGACAACUAUCGGAUAGCUGCACCUCCAUGUGUGAGUGACACCACUUUCAGUAUUUUUGUCUGGUUUGGUUGGGCCAAUUCUUCCAUAAACCCAGUAAUAUAUGCUUUUAAUGCUGACUUUAGAAAAGCUUUUUCCACAAUUUUAGGAUGUAAUAAGUUCUGCUCCACCAGUUCAGUUGAAGCUGUCAAUUUCAGCAAUGAGAUGGUCUCAUACCACCAUGAUACUACAUUUCAAAAGGACGUCCCAGUCGUGUUUAACAGUACCCAGCUUCCCAACAUGGUUUCACUGCCAGACGAGGAACUGGUUGCCCCAUCGGAUAAAGUAUCAGACCAUUCAUCAUUUCAGAUGUCCAGGAGCCAUAAAAAUGUACUGCUUCCAUCAGUAGUUCAGUUUGAGUGUGAAGCAGAGAUUUCUUUAGACACCAUCACACCAUUCACUUCUGUGAGACUAAAUGAAUGUGAAGUGAUCCACAGUGAAGCCCAGGAUGUCUGAAUCCCAUUUCAGUGCCACAUUCUGCCUUUACUUUGCAGACAUUUGUAUGACAGAAAAACUCUGAGCUGAGUUUGCUUUGCUGCUGUUAUAGUAAAAAUCACAGGGGAUUCAAGUCUUGGCAAUAAUACCCUGAAUCUAAUACUUGUUUAAUGAAGUUUAGGAGUACAUGACAGUUUCUUGAAGAAAUCAGAUACUGUGACAACUAAAAUGAGAAAACUUAUUUGGCUAAAUCACUCAGUAAUGCAAUUUUUAUGUAUUUAUUUGCUUGUCUGUUUUGUAUUCCUUUAUUUUUAGUCAUUCAGUUGUUGUAAUUGUCAUAAAGUGCUUACUUUUAAGUCAUUUUAGCAUUAUAGUAAGAUCAUUUUAUCCUUGCAUGAUCUAUACUGCUAUUACUGUUGCAAAACUGCUAAUAAUUAUAUCUGUUGGUUACUUAAGAAUUUCAUGCUGCCACUACAUUAUUAUAAUGUUAGCAUGAAAACGUUAAACGUGAUAUGAUAAUUUACAACAAUAAUUUUGACAUUCUUAUUUAACA